CCCUCAACUCCUCUCUCUCUCUCUCUCUCUCUUGCAUCGUUUUGGCACAAAUGGACAGGCUACCAAAAUGUGAAGCAAAUUAUGUACCUCUCACUCCUCUCACCUUCUUGAAGAGGGCCUCUGCGGUUUACGCCAACCGGACCUCUAUAAUAUACGCCGGAACCCACUUCACGUGGCGGCAAACCUAUGAGCGGUGCCGCCGCAUCGCUUGUUCUCUCCGGUCACUAAACAUUGCCAAGAACGAUGUCGUAUCAGUGUUGGCUCCCAAUACUCCAGCAAUGUAUGAGAUGCAUUUCGCAGUGCCCAUGGCUGGGGCAGUCCUCAACGCCAUCAACACCAGGCUAGAUGCUAAAAACAUCGCCACAAUUCUCAAGCACUCCGAAGCCAAGGUCUUCUUUGUGGACUACCAAUACGUGCCCGUGGCCAGCGAGGCCCUCCGGCUACUAAUGCCCGAGUUGGAAGGUGCCGCGGUGGCCAUACCAUCCAUAGUACUGCCGCUAGUGGUUGUCAUCGACGACAUCGACUCCCCCACCGGCAUCAGACUCGGUGAGCUGGAAUACGAGCAGCUAGUCCACAACGGCAGUGCAAGGUUCGUCCAGGACGAGAUUGAGGACGAGUGGGACCCGAUCUCCCUGAACUACACCUCCGGGACAACAUCGGCUCCCAAGGGAGUCGUUCUUAGCCACAGAGGUGCCUACCUGAGUACUCUGAGCCUGAUUCUGGGAUGGGAAAUGGGAACCGAGCCUGUUUAUUUGUGGUCGCUCCCCAUGUUCCACUGCAACGGUUGGACCUUCACGUGGGGAGUAGCAGCUAGGGGCGGGACCAACGUGUGCAUUCGCAGCACGACGGCCCAAGAGAUGUAUUCCAACAUUGCGUUACACAAGGUAACCCACAUGUGUUGCGCGCCCGUAGUCUUCAAUAUUCUCUUGGAAGCCAAACCGCACGGGCGCAAGAAAAUCACGACCCCGGUCCAGAUACUCACUGGCGGGGCACCCCCACCGCCCUCGAAACUCGAGGAGAUCGAGGGACUUGGGUUCCACGUCGUCCAUGCUUAUGGUAUCACUGAGGCCACCGGGCCUGCCCUUGUCUGCGAGUGGCAGGCCCAGUGGAACCAACUGUCGCACCAUCAGCAGGCGACACUGAAGGCGCGACAGGGCAUCAGCGUGUUGACACUAUCGAACGUGGACGUGAAGGACUUAAACACGAUGAUGAGCGUACCGCACGAUGGGAAAACGAUGGGUGAAAUCGUCAUCCGCGGCAGUAGUGUCAUGAAAGGAUACUUCAAAGACGAAAUCGCCACCGCGAAGGCCUUCCACAAGGGGUGGUUUCUCACGGGCGAUAUCGGAGUCAUCCACCUGGACGGGUACCUAGAAAUCAAGGACCGGUCGAAGGACGUUAUCAUAUCGGGCGGCGAAAACAUCAGCAGUGUCGAGGUGGAAUCGGUGCUUUGCCGCCACCCCAGGGUACUGGAGGCGGCGGUGGUGGCAAUGCCGCAUCCGCGCUGGGGGGAGAGCCCCUGCGCCUUCGUGACCCUGAAAAGGGACUUCUCGGGCACCGUGACAGAGGCCGAUAUCGUCGCGCAUUGCCGGAAAAACAUGGCCGGAUUCAUGACGCCGAAGAAGGUGCAGUUCGUGGGUGAGCUGCCCAAGACUUCGACAGGGAAAAUUCUGAAAUUCCAGUUGAGGGAAUUGGCGAAAACACUGGUGGUGACGGAGACCGAUCAAUCAACCAAGAAAUCAACCCAGUUGAAGAGAGAUCAAACACCUUGGUACCGAAAUCAAGCUCAUGAACAGAUCAUGGCUUCAUCUCGUCUUUGAAUUUUUAUUAUUUUCACUUGUAAUGGAUAAUGAAUUAAUAAGGGGACCGGCUUGAAAAAGUCUCUUUGUUAGGGGUACAUACCCAAGGGUUACCCCAGUGGUUCGGGCCCGAUGCCGAGACUUUGAGAGUACUCCUCAAGCUCUGGGUUCGAUUCCCCACCGAGUGAGUACGUGCAGUAAUUAACGUAAUAUUAUUAGCAAGAGUGUGAUUAUAAUAAAUUAUUGUACAGGAACUGUUUAAAUUUUUGGCAA